AAUUCAAAAUAAAUAAAAAAUUGAUCAAGUUGAGACUAAGAGACGGCGGCCUCUAGGCGACACGAAGCGGCGGUCGAUUGUCUUCUACGAUUUCAGGCCACGAGCCGCCUCACCAGUGUCUACCACUACAAUUUCACUGAUGUGAAACCCUAACCCUACCGUGAAAAAAAAUGAUUGGUUACAAUUAAAUCCCUAAUCCCUAUAAGAUCUUCGGUUGUUCACUCCGAUUCGAUUGUCUCAAAACUCAAUCAAGUGAGAGAAAAUGGAAGUGAUCAUCAAAGAAAGCCUCGUGACUCAAUUGCAGGCCGUGAAGCGUAAGUCCGGCAAGACCUACGGUCAGUUAGCCGCCGAGACUGGUCUGACCAACGUCUAUGUUGCGCAGCUCUUGAGACGCCAAGCUCAGUUGAAGCCCGAGACUGCUCCGAAACUACGGGCAGCGCUUCCCGAGCUGUCGGAUGAAUUCGUUGAAGAGAUGAUGAGGGCACCUUUGAGAUCAUACGACACCGAGUUGAUCCAAGACCCCACUGUUUACCGAUUAAACGAAGCGGUUAUGCACUUUGGAGAGAGCAUCAAGGAUAUCAUCAAUGAAGAAUUUGGUGAUGGCAUCAUGUCAGCUAUAGACUUCUUCUGUUCUGUUGAUAAAAUUAAAGGUGUGGAUGGGAAGGAUCGUGUAGUUUUAACGUUUGAUGGGAAGUAUUUGCCCCAUACUGAGCAGAAAGCUGAGAAUAUGAUGUCAAGAUUGAGGUUGCAGGACAAGUAAGAAUACAUUGCUCUGUGGCAAAUGCUUGGAAUCUCGGUUCUUUCCGUGUUGUGUGAUUGUAAGUCGUUAGACUUGCCCGUACUUUAAUAUAACUCCCUAGUCUGUACUGUAUAAUUAAGAAUAAUAUCCACUUAAGUCCUUAUGGGAUCUGGGAAGGGUGGACCUGGUACAGACAUGUGUUGUAAAAUAAUCGUUACAAAGCUUUGAGUUCCUGUAUUGGUGUUUUGCCUUGAGCAAAAUACCUGAAUAUUUGUCUAAGGAAUCUGAGAACAUUCCUCUUUUUCACACUACUGCAAGUUGGGCAGUAUCCUUCGAGAUGUCAUUUGUAUUUUUCAAUGUUGAAUUUCCUGUUUUGUAACGAUUUUGUUGUUACCUGUCAUUGGGUUGACGACUUGUCUACCAUUGAUUCGUUUGUGUAAAACUUUAUUAUAUUUCCAAAUAAAAUUAUCGUUUCU